AUGAUUAAAUCCAACAUCAUAUACGCCAGCAUUUCCCUCUUUUCAAUCUUUCUCCAGCAAACAUCCGCCUGCAGACAGGCCAUUGUAACGUACUCCACGGAGUACGAGUGUGACCUUGACCACUUCGACACUGCCAUCGCGGAAGACUGCAAGAAAUUGGCCGAAGGCAUCGGCAAGCAGGGAAAGAAGUUUGCGGAACCUCCGGUAGUCGACUCGGUGGAGUGCCUGGAAUGUGAUCCGGACGGUGAAUCAAGGAAAUGCCGCUGUCUUCUGAGCGCAUGGCGAUUUCGCGAUUGGGAGCCCGAGCCGGCCAAGUUUGAUGAUUUUCAGUACGAAUACUGGAGGCCCAUGGAGAAUGGAAAGCUCGAUGUCAGUUGCGAUAAGUAA